CCACCAUCGCUCACGCCUCCUUGAACCUUUACUCCUCCUUUUACCUUUUCUCAACCUUGUUCUCCUUUGUCGUGUGCUUUUCAAGCUCUCAAACCCUCUUGCCAGUUGGGUGCCUGUGCUCUCCCGUCGGGAAGCCGCAUCUCCGAUCCGCAGCUUGCGCAACCUGUCCUCGAGUCGACGCAGCGCUCAUCGGAGCCACUUGCACCGCGCCUCUACGCUCUGUCCUCCGGGGAUAAGGCGCCCGUGGUGAAUUGAGCAGACAAGAACCUUGCACAAUUCGCUCGACCAAGGGUCUAAGCACUCCGCACCCAAGGAGCUCUCCUUACUUGGGACUCUGCACUUGGGCCUACGGUCCACGUUGUCCACCGCGAACCUCAGCAACCACCAAUUGAGGUGACAAGAGCACACUCUUCUCGUCCACCACAGCCGCGCAUCCGACCCUAUACCUCAACCUUGUCGGUAUCAUUCAACAUGGAUCCUCUCGUGAGCUGGACCAUCUUUCUGGCCCUCAUUGGCGGUGUCUGCUGGCACUAUGGAGCUUUCGACAAGCUGAUCGGCAAGAAGCCUGAACAGAGCGGCACCAGGGGCCGCACUCUCAGCCGAUCAAACGACACAGCAUGGCUCGAGUCGGAGUCGAAGACCAAGCCUACCAAGGCCACAAAGAAGCAGGGCCCUCGCAAGUCGGUCAAGAAGGCCGUUCAGGAGGUUGGCACGAAGGCAGAGGCCGCUCUUUCCGGAGUGUCCUCCACGACGGGCGCCGAUGCCGACGAUGACCUUUCCCCGGUCCAGUCGCCAUCGCUCGCCGCCAAGGUCACCAACGCCAUCCCAAGUGGCAAGGAUGUCUCUGACAUGCUUGACCCCAAAAUCGUCCCGAACGUCUUGAAGAUUGGCGCCUCGGAAAAGCCCGCUCGCCCUGCGAAGCCGCAGCAGACCAAGCCGGAGACUCAGAAGCAGACCAAGAAGCAGGCGCAGAACGCGAAGAAAAGGGAAGCUGAAAAAGCCGCCAAGGCUGAGGCCGAAAUCGAGCGCAAGAAGCUCCAGGAACAGCAGCUGCGCACAGCCCGCCUUGCGCGUGGGGAGGCUCCUGGCGCUCGUUACCAGUCCAGCCAGCCCGCUUCGAACGCCUGGAACAACCCUGCGGCACCUGCCGCCCCCAAGCCUGCGGGCGGCCUGCUUCUCGAUACCCUCGAGGCGCCAUCCUCCGCCAGUUCCGCUACCAACGGCACUGCGCCGACCUCCGAGUCUGCCUCCUACAAUAAUAUUCCUUCGGAGGAAGACCAGAUCGCUGCGGCUCUGGCUGACUCCGCCUGGACUGAGGUCCCCAAAGGCAAGAAGAAGAAGACCAAGGCCGAGGCCGCUGUGGGAGAAGGCAGUGACUCGGGCAUCGGUUCCGAGACGGCUUCUGCGCCUGUCAAGGCCACCCCGGCCCCAGCCCCGAAAAAGGAGAGUAAGAAGGAGGUGAAGCCCGCCUCUCGUUACGAGGUCCUUUCACAGCCCAUCACCGAGUUUAGCGACCCUCGGGACUCUGACUGGCCUGUUGUAUGAUCGUAGUGGCUCUAUGUCUGAGCAGACUACUCCGCCCUGCCUCAAUUCUCAUCACACUUUCUUUGCCCCUAUAUGCCCAAUAUUCUUGACAUUUUAUUUUGGCUGGACUUUGCUUCAUCGUUUCACAAUUGGAUGAUUUGUAUGGAGUACUGGCAUGGUAAACAAAUGUCCUUUCUCGAAGGCUUGCAGUGGGAUGGUGGGUUGGCACAGGCCAGUGAAUUGGGUGGGGCAGACAGAGUGUACAACAGUAUGGAAUGGUUGCGACGCAUGGAAGCAAAUUUGGAAAGGGAGCGGAUGUAUUGCAUGGGUACAAGUAACCCAGUUUUCCUUGUUGUUCACAAAAGCAAGUGACUCUGACGCUAGGCCUUGGUAUGUUCCCUGUACUCUCACUACUGUACGAGUUCAAUCAUAUUGGUUCACGUAGUCAAAGUAUGUUCAUUCUUCGACAUAUAAGCGCCAUCUGUUCCCUCGUUCUGGUGCUC